UUCGAAAUUCAACAAAGAAAACAAACAAUGAGCCAUCUGUGUGCCCCCAGCGUGAUGAAGGCCGUGCUGUGCGUCGGCUGCACGGAGGUGGCGUACGUGACGAAUGUGGAGCGGUUCCCCGAGAAGGGCUCGCGGGUGCAGUGCCAGAGCGCCUUCAUGCAGCGCAACGGCAGGACCUCCAACGUGUGCACGGCCCUGCGCCUGCUGGGCGCCCGCGUGGAGCUCUUCGGGAUGCUCAGCAGGCUGGGCACCUUCCGCAUGGUGCUGGACGAUCUGCGCCGCCGGGAUAUCGUCAUCAGCAACUGCUCCUGGACGGACGAGAGCCCCAAGUUCUCGACGAUCAUCCGGGAGAGAAGGACGGGCACCUGCACGGUGGUGCGCUGCACCAAGGCGUUCCCCUACGUGACGGCCAGGGAGUUCGAGAAGCUGGACCUAUCCCUCUACGGCUGGGUGCACUUCGAGGCGCGCAGCGCCCGGGAGACUGUCCUGAUGAUGCGCCGCGUCCUGGACCACAACAACGGGCUGGCCCAGGAGGAUCGCAUUGUGGUGUCGCUGCUGGUGUACGAUGCCCUCGAGGACAACCUGGAUCUGCUCAGCCUCUGCGACUAUGUGCUGUUCGGCCGGCAGCUGGCCCUCGAGGUGGGCUGGAGCUCGGCGCACGUGGCCUGCGAGCAGUUGAACAGCGCCCUCCGGACGCCCCGGUCCAUACGCACGCGCCGGCCGUGCAUCAUCUGCCCGUGGGGCAAGCAGGGGGCGGUCUGCAUGGACGCCCAGGGCAACUUCUACGAGCUGCCCGCCCACACGCCGAAGAGCAUCGUGGACAGGAUGGGCGACGGCGAGUGCUUCACGGCCGGCUUCAUCUACGCCACCUUCGUGCGCAGGCGCGGCCUGAGCGGGGCCGUGGACUUUGCCAACCUCGUGGCCAGCCACAAGAUCGCCAGCGUCGGCUUCGACGACAUCGCCAACCUCCAGAUCAGUCCGCAGAAGCUCGAGCCGCCGCCCGUUGAGGACAGCGAAAGGUCCUCAGAGUCCGAGGACCUCACCAACGAGCAGCGCACCUGCCGCAAGUACCUGAACCGACCCUUCUAUACCCUGGAGCCACACAACAGCUCCAUCCACGAGGCCGUCGUAGGCCCCGAGCCAGAGUCGGAGCCAAUGUCGGAAGAUACUGUGAAGGCUGCCUGGGAACGUUUGAGCAAGACGGCCUAUUAAAGGCAAAGACUCGAGAGGGGGAACUAGUCCAGGACUGUACGUUUGGGAUACUCACAGUUUUCCUCUCCACUGCAUAAGUCGAUGGGGCUUUCCUCUGCACAGGCCAGCACAUUGAUGAUCCACUCUACAGACUCCACUCUCCAGUCUCCAGUAUGCGAUGGUGCCAGUCGUGGCUGGAGGAGGAGGGAGGAGACUCGUCUUUGCCUUGUGCCCUCCAGUGGGACACGAUAUUUAGGGAGUAGCAUGUGCCUCCUCGAAUAUAAUGAGUUGUAAUUGAACUUUAACUUAAC